GGACGAAACUGUGUUUUCCAGCUUAUGGACCGGAUUAACUAUCCAUCAAAGCAUCCAAUCUUUGAGUAAACAGCCUGCGAAGCAGCAAUUUAAUUCAUCUUCCAUCAGCAAUCUAAUUUCUUCAAUUCUAACUCCUCAUGCUCUGCCUUUCAUCCUCAGCAAAACCGUCUGCUGCUCCAAAUGGAGCAGACCGCGUGCUUCCAGUCUUCCAGAUCUAAUCUGUUUCAUUUUCUCCAUUAUUAAUCUCAUCCAUUAUAUACUUCGUAUAUUGUUUUGUCCCCAUCAUGAAUGUUCAUUGCCUUCUGAACGGCUUUCAUAGUGCGUAUUAGCAGCUCCAGUUCUCAAAUUAAAGCAUCAACCGUCUCCGUUGUGGCCGGCUUUUAAACGCCUUCUAGCAUUAUCAUCUGAUCAUGGAUACGCAAUCGGAAGUUGUUCAAUCGGAUGUUUUAUUCGCAGAGCCUAGCUUUUCCUCUUCGGACAUUAUUAUUGAAUCGCAGCCCCUCUGUUUUUAGCUUCACUUAUGUCCUUGGUUAGCUUUCUCAAUUUUAGCUAAAGCGUAGAACGUUCUCCUUUUUCUCUUGAGAAGUUAUCCUAAUAGAUAGGACUAAAACAUGGUUGAACCUCCAAAGUAGGACUACAAGUUUUAUACGUAGUAUUUCACAAAUAGAACUCCAGAUUACCUUAUUACCUUUCUUCUAAAAAUAAUCAAUCGACUCUCUAUUAACCGCCAGACUUCUCCCCUGCAACUUUCUCUUUGGCCGAUCGUAGCUUCGAUAUCCAUCGUCAACGGCUUUAUCCGCAGUUAUCGUAGUCAUCUGCUCUCUGCUCUCCCAGUUGCCCAAAAUAAGCUACUGUUUUCUUGCCUCUCGACUGUUCCUCUGCUUACUGGAUCAAACUACGCUGAGUGGAUAGAGAUUGUAAAUUUCUCUGUGUCCAUGUUAAGUUUCGGCGAUUGUUUGAAGGAGGACGGUCCUGCCAUGCCUAAGCCUGAUGAGAAGGACGCAGCAGUGCUUAAGGCAUAUAAGGAUUGGAAAGACAAGGAUGGUAAUUGUCUUUCCCUUCUGCGCCUAGUCACUGCUGUGGACAUUAAGAACUCAAUUACAGAGGCUGACUGUGACACAUCUAAGAAAUAUCUUGCAAAACUUAAGGAGAAGUUUGAGCCUUCUGACAAGGCAUUAAUUGGAAAGCUUCUUUCUGAACUGUCUCACUGUAAGUAUGAUGAAAAGAAAACGGACAUGGCUAAGCAUAUUAUGCAUAUGCAAAGCUUGUCAUCUAAGUUGUUCAAGUUGGGGCUUAAAAUUGAAGACCCCAUAUUAACACAUUUCAUCUUUGAGGGACUUCCUAAAGAGUUUGGGGCGUUCCAUGUGAGCUAUAAUGCUACUCCCUCCGUCCCUUAAAACUUUGCCAUCUUUCCUUUUUGGGACGUCCCAAAAAACUUUGCCACUUUCUCUUUUAAUCAAUUGUUUUGUGGUUUCUAUUUUUUCUCUCUCCUCUGCACAAAUCUCAACCACACAGUUUUUACUUUAUUAUUCUCUGUGCCGGUCAACUUUGGCAAAGUUUUAAGGGACGGAGGUAGUAUAAAAGAAACAUGGACAGUGGAUGAACUUGGUAAUAAGCUUGUUCAGGAAGCCACACGCCUAAGUAAUGCUAAAGGUCAUAACAUACCUCAAAGCGCACUUUGUGCAUAAAAGUGAGGGCUCUAAGGGAAAGGGACAGUCCAAAAGGAAGGACUGGACGAGCAGUAAGGCCAGCUCAUCCAGUGUGCCAGGUCCAUCAGGCAUUAAGAAGGUAAAGAGGAAGGAUCUCUGCCAUUUCUGUGAUAAGGCAGGACACUUCAUGAAUGAGUGCCCAAAGCGCAAGGAAUGGUUCGAGAAGAAGGGGCUUCAGUUCGACCCGAACUAUAAGACGCGAGGAAAGGAACCUACUCAUGGG